GAGAGAGAGAGCCCAAAAGAAAAGUACAUUGAUAGAAGCUAAGAUCUCUGCAACCGUUAACAGAAGACACACAGACAGAGGAAAAAAGAGAGAAAGAUUAUAAAUAUUUGGUGGUGUGGUGUUCAUUUUGUUUUCUCUGUUUCUUUAAAGACUACCAAGGAGUGCUCUUUGUCCUGCAAAAGUGCCUCCUUAAUUCGCUCUUUCAGGUGCUUCUUUUUGUCAGAUCUCGAUUCUCAAAGCCCAGGAAUCAAGCUCCAACAAGCAACUACACUGGGGGUCUUUGCACUUCUUCGUUGUCUCCAACUCAAAGUUUCCAUAUUAAGAGAGUGACACUAGCUCAUCUGUUUACUCUGUUUUUCUCCAUUUCUUUUCAACAGCCUUAAAUUCGUUCAGAUAAAGCCAAUUUAAUAGCAUAUUUGAGUGAGUGAGAGAGACAGAUUGUGUGACACCUAAGGCACUGCCAGUGUUGGAAUUGGCAGUCUUUUAAGAGUUUAAUACACUUCAAGAUUGUAACAGACGGCCAAGCCUCUCUACGAGUGGCACUCUACUUGUUCUUUCUUCAAAAGAGAAAACGAGACAAGCGCUACUACUAUCUUUCAUUUCAAAGGAGUUAAAGGAAGCAACCGAUUGCGGCCUGUCUCACAUUUGUCACAAAAAGAGUACCUUCCUCACUCUGCUUUUCCCAUUAUAAAUCCCCCCGCUAAACUCUCACUCAGACACAGACUCAGAUCUAUUUGUUCUGUAAGCAAUGUUACCUCAGAAACAAGCAGAGGAGGCCAUGGUCUCGAGCUUCAACUUGACUGAGCGUGAUGACAGGGAGGAAGAGAAGGCAGAGGAGCCACGUUUUGGGCUCAAAAGCAUUCUCUGGCAUGGCGGUUCUGUAUAUGAUGCAUGGUUCAGCUGUGCAUCCAAUCAGGUUGCUCAAGUUCUGUUAACGCUGCCAUACUCUUUCUCUCAAAUGGGCAUGCUUUCAGGGAUUAUUCUGCAGGUCUUUUAUGGCCUGCUUGGAAGCUGGACUGCUUAUCUCAUCAGUGUUCUCUACGUCGAGUACCGAAGCCGAAAGGAGAAAGAGAAAGUCGACUUCAAGAACCAUGUCAUCCAGUGGUUUGAAGUGCUAGAUGGUUUACUGGGUCCGUACUGGAAAGCUGCUGGGUUGGCCUUCAACUGUACCUUCCUCCUCUUCGGAUCUGUUAUCCAGCUUAUAGCUUGUGCAAGUAAUAUAUACUACAUAGAUGACCAUUUAGACAAGAGGACAUGGACUUAUAUCUUUGGAGCUUGCUGUGCCACCACUGUGUUCAUACCUUCCUUCCACAACUACAGAAUUUGGUCCUUCCUUGGGCUGGGAAUGACCACCUACACUGCUUGGUACUUGACCAUUGGAGCCAUUGUUAAUGGCCAGGUUGAGGGUGUAAAACACUCUGGCCCAAAAAAAUUGGUUUUGUAUUUCACAGGCGCCACCAAUAUACUGUACACUUUCGGCGGGCAUGCCGUCACCGUGGAAAUCAUGCAUGCAAUGUGGAAGCCUCAGAAAUUCAAGUAUAUAUAUCUGCUUGCCACCCUCUAUGUAUUCACCCUUACUCUUCCAUCUGCUACUGCUAUGUACUGGGCCUUUGGCGACCAACUCCUCACGCAUUCCAAUGCCUUCGCGCUCCUUCCCCGGAACGGAUGGCGUGACGCCGCCGUCGUUUUAAUGCUCAUUCACCAGUUCAUAACAUUUGGAUUCGCUUGUACUCCAUUGUAUUUUGUGUGGGAGAAAGUUAUUGGAAUGCAUGACACAAAGAGCAUAUUCUUGAGGGCUCUGGUGCGGUUGCCUGUAGUGGUGCCAAUAUGGUUCUUGGCCAUUAUAUUUCCUUUCUUUGGCCCCAUUAACUCGGCUGUGGGGGCUUUGCUGGUCAGCUUCACAGUCUACAUCAUCCCCUCUUUAGCACAUAUGCUCACUUUCAGGUCCGCCUCCGCCCGACAGAAUGCGGCGGAGAAGCUUCCAUCCUUCCUUCCCAGCUGGACGGCCAUGUAUGUAGUGAACACAUUCACAGUGGUGUGGGUGCUGGUGGUUGGAUUUGGAUUUGGAGGGUGGGCUAGCAUGACCAACUUCAUCAAGCAAGUUGACACCUUCGGCCUCUUUGCCAAGUGCUACCAGUGCCCACCCAAAGCCCCUGUAGGCACAAAAAAUCACUAACUUCUCUCCUGUAUUAUACAUAAGGAGCAUCAGCAUUCCCCCUCUAUUUUCCCCCUCUUUUUGUUUAGUCUACCGUACUGUGAAAGGUGAUGUUUCCUUCUUUAGUUUCAAAGCAGUAUAAUAUUUUGAUAUAUUUUUUAUAUA